AUGGGUAUUAGAAUCGAGGAUAACUGGAUAUCGAUGGGUCAACGUGUCGCCAAGCACCACAUGCAAUCCGGCGUUAAACUCUAUCAUCAACGACGCCAUCAACAGGCCAUUGCUCGUUGGCGAGCUGCUCUUCGACGACUUACAAAUGCUGAGGACCGUUUCAUAACACUCGGAUAUAUGACGCAAACAUACUGUGAUGCAGGUAAUUACCAGCAGAUGUUGCGAUACGCUUUGCAACAAACAGAACUGGCCAAUACUCAGCAAGACGAGUUCAUGAAAAGUGAAGCAUUUCUGAACCUGGCUAAAGCAUAUGAACGAUUGGCUGAUUUCGGCAAAGCAAUUGGCUACGGUCGUGCUAGUCUACAACAUCCAAGCAUGGAUCCGGGAACUCCUGGGCAUGCGCAUCUCGUUGUGGCCUUAUCACAGCUUGGAUUCAGUCAGUUCCAAGCUAGCCUGGAAGCAUUUGAAAAAGCGAUGUGUGUCGCGAAUCAGUAUUCUGAUAGGUUAUUGGAAUUACAAGUGUGUGUUGGACUUGGUGUUCUCUUCACCUUGCUCAGGGAUUUAUCGAAGGCGAUUUUGUUCUUGCGAAAUGCACUAACAAUUCUGGAAGGUGUAACGAUCAAUGAUGUACAUGCAAAAUACCGUAGCGUUAUACUUUAUCACUUAUCAGUUGUCCUCCGGACAAACGGUUCACUGGCAGAUGCGAGAGCGACAUGUGAUGAAGCAAUGAAGUUGGCUCAAGAAACUGGCAAUCGUUCUGUCUAUGCUCGUUGUUUGUGCUCCAUGGCUAAUAUAUGUCGUGAUUUGGGGGAAUCUGAAGCCAAAGAAACUUUUACCAAAAGCUGGUCUCGUUACGAAGAAGCUUAUCGAAUAAUGCGUCAAACAAAUGAUCGCAUGGGUGAAAUAUUAGUUCUUGGUAGUAUGGCUAGGUCAGCCUCCGAAUACCGUACUUUUUACACCGGUAGAUGUGAGUGUCAGGCUAUUCAACUCAACAAAAAAUGCCUAGAAGUAGCUAAGGCAAUCGGAUGUAGGGAUCUUUAUAAUCAGCUGAAUGAUGAGGAUAGUGAAGAGUUAGCCAGAAGAGCGGUGACAUCAUUAACACAAGAGAUGGAAUUAUUUUGCAAUUUCUGUGGACAACGAUAUGGACUACAAGAUGUUUCCUUGCAGGCACUUCGAUGCUCCCAUAUUUUUCAUGAAAGAUGUUUACAAAUAUAUUUAGCGGAGUGCUUAAAUCCAAACUGUCCAAAGUGUCAAUGCAAAGCAGUACUUAUGGACAGCGUAUCAGUGAGCACACUAUCUGUUUCUUCGUUUAUCGCUACUCCGCGACAACCAAUUAUGUUUUCCGAAGAUAUACCAGUGCAGUUCACUGAUCAGACGACGGAACCGUUUGGCACUGUUAGGUCAUCUGCGAUCGAACAACAAGCUUCAUGUCAACGACACCUAUCUGUUCCACUGUCACAUCCAACAUUCCGAGAAUUAAAAACGGUUCAGAUUGAUGUCGAAUCACCACGAACUAACGCCACUGCAGUAUCUACAGCAAUCGGAUCUUCCCCAAUGAACACACUGUCCAAUUCUCAGAAACAUAAAUCACUGCCACCGUCAUCGAAGCUACCGGUUUGCAAGGUGGCUGGUACAUUGCCAAUCUCUUCGGUGCUAAACUACUCAGAAGAAGAACUACGAGCAGGUGGACCAUCAGUAUUACCACGGGGGCUUACCAUCACUGAUGUAUAA